AUGCCCGAGGCGAGUGCGCCGCCGCUGCCUGAAGAGGGGCGCGGCGCGGCGCGCGGGGGAGCGCAGGGCGAGGCGGAGUCGAGUUGCAGAGCUCAGGGUGACUCAGGGCUCGGGUCCGGCGCGGGGAUCGUGCCCGCGUCCGCGCUGCCCGGCGCCGCCUUUGUUCCAGCAGGAAGGGCGAGAGGCGGCCGGCGCGCAGGGCUCCUCCACUCUCCGUCCGGCCGGCCGCGCCGCGCCUCGGGGGCUCCGCAGACCCGCGAGAUGGCGCCAAGGAGGAACGGGCAGUGUUGGCGCCUGCUGUUGACGCUGUUGGUCCCCGCGCUGCUCCCCACUGGCACCCGGACCCGCGCCACUGAAUCAGCUUCCCAGGGCCCCCUGGACCUCACUGAGCUUAUCGGCGUCCCACUGCCCACAUCCGUGUCCUUCGUCACAGGCUAUGGUGGUUUCCCUGCCUACAGCUUCGGCCCCGACGCCAAUGUUGGCCGCCCGGUUAGGACUCUCAUCCCGUCCACCUUCUUCAGGGACUUUGCCAUCAGCUUCACAGUGAAGCCGGGCAGUGCCCAGGGCGGUGUGCUCUUUGCCAUCACCGAUGCCUUCCAGAAAGUCAUCUACCUGGGCCUGCGGCUCUCAGGCGUGGAGGAUGGCAGCCAGCGGGUCAUCCUGUACUACACCGAGCCCGGCUCCCAUGUGUCCCGUGAAGCUGCUGCCUUCCCGGUGCCCGUCAUGACUCACAGGUGGAACCGCAUGUCCGUGAUCGUCCAGGGCGAGGAAGUGACCCUCCUGAUGGACUGUGAGGAGCACAGCCAUGUCCGCUUCCGGCGCUCCACCCAAGCCUUGGCUUUCCACCCCAGCUCAGGAAUUUUCGUGGGCAACGCAGGAGCCACAGGGCUGGAGAGAUUCAUUGGUUCCAUUCAGCAACUCAUGAUCUAUCCGGACCCCAGGACUCCUGAGGAGCUGUGUGAACCCGAAGAAUCCUCGGCAUCAGGGGAGAGCAGCGGCCUUCAGGAGGCGGAUGGCGUGGCUGAGAUCUUAGAAGGCGUCACCUACACCCAGGCCCCGUUUAAGGAAGAAGAAAUUGAACCCAUAAACAGUCCUCCAACUCCAUUAACUCCCUUUGAGGAUGCUGAAAUUUCUGGAGAACCUAUACCUGAGGUUGAGGGGACCCCAGGAGCCACCAACACCAGCGACAUCUUACUCGGGAGCCCCGAGCAAGGGUCAGGCGAAAUCCUGAAUGACACGCUAGAGGGGGCUCACACUACUGCCAUGACAGACCUCGGCUCGGGGGAUGGAACCUUCAUCCAUGUCACUGAAGAGGGUCCACAUAUUCAGACAUCUUUGGCAGCAACAGCAGCGGCAGAUGAGGACGAGGUGCCCGUCAGCACUGCAUGGGAAGUGGAGGCCACAAGAGCACCCACUGGGGACCCGACUCUGGCCUGGUCCUCCCAGGACCCCAGGGAAGAGAUCACUCUUGGUCCAGAUACUGAAGAAGGUUCAGCCUCAGGGGAGGCCGAGGUGCCCCUUAGCACUAGCCGGAAUGUAGAGGCCCACAGUGUACCCAGCGGGGAACCAACCCUCUCAACGUCCAUCCAGAUCCCUGAGGGGGGCGUCUCGCUGGGUCCAAACAGUGAAGAAAGUUUGACAACAGCAGCAGCUGCAACAGGCGUGCCGCUCAGCACUUUGGAAGAGGGGGUCAGCAGGGUCCCCACAACUGGCCUGGCCCCUGAGCAAGCAGCCACCUCCGGUCCUGGUGAUGAAGACUUCACAGCCACCAUGACAGGGGAGCCCCUUAACAGUGCUGGGGCAGAAGAGUUGGGCGGUGUUCCCCCGGAGGGCCCCCCACUUCCCAUACCUACAGUCUCUACGGGUGCAGUUGGAUCUACUGUCCCCCCUGAACCUACUGGACCCACUGGACCGAAGGUAGACGUGGAGGCCGAGGGCUCCGGCCUGGGCUGGGGCUCGGACGGCGGCUCUGGCUCCGGUGACCUGGACCUUGGCAAGGACCCGCUCAGGGGUCCUCCCGGCCCCCCAGGCCCACCUGGAGUGCCUGGAAUCCCAGGCAAACCAGGAACGGAUGUGUUCACGGGGCCUCCUGGAUCUCCUGGAAAGGAUGGAGCUACCGGCAAACCUGGGCCCCCGGGCCCCGAGGGACAACCUGGACCUGAUGGAGCCUCUGGCCUUCCUGGGAUGAAAGGGGAGAAGGGAGCAAGAGGCCCUAAUGGCUCAGUUGGUGAAAAGGGUGACCCAGGCAUCAGAGGCAAACCAGGACUCCCGGGGAAACAUGGACAAGUUGGCACUCCUGGGGUCAUGGGUCCCCCAGGCCCUCCUGGACCCCCAGGCCCAGGAUGUACAGUGGGACUUGAAUUUGAGGAUAUUGAAGGCUCUGGAAGCAGCACACUCUUGAACCAACCCAGAAUCUGUGGACCAACAGCUUCAAGUGGUCUCAAAGGAGAAAAAGGAGACCAGGGACCCAAGGGUGACAGAGGGAUGGAUGGAGCCAGCACUGUGGGGCCCCCUGGACCCCCGGGGCCACCAGGACGCAUCGAGUUCUUGCCUAAUUCCUUGCUCAACAUCACCCAGGGAUUCAUGAAUCUCUCGGACGUUCCUGAACUCGUGGGGCCUCAGGGCCCGAACGGCGUCCCUGGGCUGCCAGGAUUUCCAGGCCCCAGAGGACCAAAAGGUGACACUGGUGUGCCAGGCUUUCCAGGACUGAAAGGAGAACAGGGAGAGAAGGGAGAGCCGGGCGCCAUCUUGACUGGGGAAGUUCCUCUGGAAAGACUGAGGGGGAUAAAGGGUGAACCUGGAAGGCACGGAGCCCCAGGACCAAUGGGACCCAAAGGACCACCAGGACAUAAAGGAGAAUUUGGCCUCCCCGGACGACCUGGUCGCCCUGGACUGAAUGGCCUCAAGGGCACCAAAGGAGAUCGAGGGAUCAUGAUGCCGGGCCCACCUGGCUUACCUGGCCCUCCAGGACCCCCGGGACCACCUGGAGCCGUGGUUAACAUCAAAGGAGCGGUCUUCCCAAUACCAGCGCGGCCACACUGCAAAACACCAGUUGGCACCGCUCAUCCAGGGGAUUCGGAACUCAUCACCUUUCAUGGUGUUAAAGGAGAAAAAGGAUCCUGGGGUCUUCCUGGCUCCAAAGGAGAAAAAGGCGACCAGGGGGCCCAGGGACCACCAGGCCCUCCAGUUGACCCAGCUUACCUGAGACAUUUUCUGAACAGCUUAAAGGGAGAGAACGGAGACAGGGGAAUCAAAGGAGAAAAGGGGGAUCCUAACAGCGACUUCUUUGUGUCUGGGCCUCCCGGUCUGCCAGGAAGUCCAGGAUUGGCUGGCCAGAAGGGGGAUGCUGUUGUCGGACCUCAAGGACCCCCAGGUGUUCCUGGUCUGCCUGGGCCACCUGGCAUUGGAAGACCUGGUUCCCCUGGACCCCCAGGACCCCCAGGACCACCCGGACCUCCGGCUAUCUUAGGAGCAGCUGUGGCCCUGCCAGGUCCGCCGGGUCCUCCUGGUCAACCUGGGCUUCCUGGAUCCAGAAACUUGGUCACGGCCCUCAGCAGCAUGGACGACAUGCUGCAGAAAGCACAUUUGGUCAUCGAAGGGACGUUCAUCUACCUGCGGGACAGCUCGGAGUUUUUCAUCCGUGUCCGAGAUGGCUGGAAAAAAUUACAGCUGGGAGAACUGAUCCCCAUCCCUGCGGACAGCCCUCCCCCUCCCGCAUUGUCCAGCAAUCCACAUCAGCCUCUGCCUCCUCUGAUGUCCAUCUCCAGUGUCAGUUAUGAGAGGCCUGUGCUGCACUUGGUUGCUCUGAACGCACCAUUUUCUGGAGACAUUCGAGCUGAUUUCCAGUGCUUCCAGCAGGCCAGGGCUGCAGGACUGUUGUCCACCUACCGAGCCUUCUUAUCUACCCACUUGCAAGAUCUCUCCACCAUUGUUAGGAAAGCAGAGCGAUACAGCCUCCCAAUCGUGAACCUCAAGGGCCAAGUACUUUUUAAUAACUGGGACUCAAUAUUUUCUGGCCACGGAGGUCAGUUCAAUACACAUGUUCCAAUAUACUCCUUUGAUGGUCGGGACGUCAUGACAGAUCCUUCUUGGCCCCAGAAGAUCGUGUGGCAUGGCUCCAACACCCACGGAGUCCGUCUUGUUGAUAAGUACUGUGAAGCAUGGCGAACUACCAACAUGGCCGUCACAGGCCAGGCCUCCCAACUGAGCACAGGGAAGAUCCUGGACCAGAAAUCAUAUGGCUGCGCCAAUAGGCUAAUUGUGCUGUGUAUCGAAAAUAGCUUCUUGACCGACGCUAGGAAGUAAUGACCUUCGGAUGAUCUUUCCAAUUUCUCCCACGUGAAGAGUUGACACUGAAAUCUAAAAUUUCUAAAUGUUGUAAAUAUUACAGUUUUGAUGACACAUUCAUGAUAACAAAGAAAACGUACCUCAAUACACUCAACGCUGAAGACAGAAAGGACUCAGAUCCAAGAUAAAGUCUGAUCCAUAUAUUGGUGCUAGGUUCUGCGGGAAACCCUAUGCAGUGUGAACACAGCCCAAUGGGCUUAGGAGUGAGCUGGAGAACAAAGGCCUUGGCGUUCUGCCCACUGCAUCCUUCAGAAAGUAAUUUCCUCCUUUUAACCAUUGUUGUUGAGUGUAAAACAUCUUUCAUGUUUUCUUACAAAGUCAGUGUUUAGAAAUGUUCCCCCUUUCUAAGUUAUGUGUAGACCGAAUGCUUUAUUCUUUAAUAUACAUCCACCAUUUGCAACUGCUGUUUAGAGAAACAGAACCCGCUCAAAUGAUCCUAUUUGUAUUUUCUGAUAUUAAUAGAUUUUAAUGUUUUUCCCUAAAAUAUUAUUGACAUCAUGCUUUUAGGAGGUUUAUAUUUUUGCACAAUCAUAUUUUAGUAUGGCAUCUGUUAUUAUAGCUACGACUUGCUGGAAAAGUUUAAACUUCAAAUGACCUGAAACUAGUAAAGAAUAGCACAGAAAGACUGCCGUGUCCCGGGCUAUCGUCUUCCCACCCCCAGCUGAUGUUACCCCUUCCAUUUGGCAACUCAAUUUUCUACUGUGAUUGAACAAACAGCUUCCUAAGAUGAAUUUUCUGAGAAACGUUUACCUUCCUGCAGUACACUUUGAUUUCUUUUUUCCACAUAAGUGAACAUUAAAACAUCUUUUCCAGGCA